CAAGACAAUAUUUAUCCUAAUUAAUUUUCCGAACUGGUGUCGCUCGUUCCCUUAUGGUAAUUUCACUUUCUGCAUUAUCGACUCGUGGUACGAGUUACCGAAAAUAUGCUUGAAAUAGUUUGUACAUUCACCACGGCGCUAGUAGUACAAGCGCGCACUGGUGGGGACGCUCGAAGUGGUGGGGACACGGGUAUAUAAGCAGGCGCCCGAGACGAGACUGGCACUUCAAGCUCAACUGUGUUACAGAAAUUCAUGUACCAGUAUCUACUGUAUUGACAUAAUGAAGAGAAAACAACAAUUGAGUUUAAAAUCAACAAAUGAAUCUCGUGAAGGACAUUCUACCAGAUUCUUCUACGGUAACUCACAGUCACAAAAAUCUGACGAAAAUUUGACAUUUUCUUCAUCGUCAUCAACUCCAAAGACUGUGCAGGCUGAACCUCGAAAAGCAGAGAAGAAAACUUUUCGCUCGAGUGGAAUAUUCAGAUUAAAAUCACCAACUAGAUCUCGCGAAGAAAUGUCUACCAGUUCGAUUGGAAAGACUGAAGAUCUAAAAUCUGGAAUUCCGGAGAAACAAUUUUUCUCUUCUAGUGAAAGAUUGAGUCUAAAAUCAACAAAUGAAUCUCGUGAAGGACAUUCUACCAGAUUCUUCUACGGUAACUCACAGUCACAAAAAUCUGACGAAAAUUUGACAUUUUCUUCAUCGUCGUCAACUCCAAAGACUGAGCAGGCUGAACCUCGAAAAGCAGAGAAGAAAACUUUUCGCUCGAGUGGAAUAUUCAGAUUAAAAUGUAACACCAACUAG